GUACAAAUCAAACGAAGAGUAUGUGUAUGUGCGAGGCCGUGGAAGAGGGAAGUAUGUAUGUGAGGAGUGUGGAAUUCGCUGCAAGAAACCCAGCAUGCUGAAGAAACACAUUCGCACGCACACAGACGUCAGGCCAUAUGUCUGCAAGUACUGUAACUUUGCUUUUAAAACCAAAGGGAAUCUGACUAAACAUAUGAAGUCAAAGGCCCACAGCAAAAAAUGUCAGGAGAUGGGCGUGUUGGUAUCUUCACUGGUGGAUCUGGAAGCCGAAGAAGGAACAAGUGAAGACCUAUUCCAGGACUCUGAAGGGCGGGAGGGAUCUGAGCCAAUUGAGGAACACCAGUUUUCAGACCUAGAGGAAUCUGAUGAUGAUGAUGACAAUGAAGAUGAGGAAGAUGAGGAAGAAGAGGAGAGCCAAGAUGAACGACCUUUAAAAUUGCCAGAAGGCAAGCAUACCACCCUCCCAAGGCACUCUUCAGGUGGCUCUCCAUCUUCUCAAGAGGAAGGCACUGAAAUAGCAUUGUCCUUACCCCAAGAAACUGUUUCCAGAAGCCAAAAAGUAGGUGAAGGCCAGCAGGCCUCCUCCUCAGGGCUGGAAACAAAGUGGUCAGCAGACAGCAGUGACAUUGCUGUGUGCCACAGCUUCUUGAGUCUCCACAGACCAGCUUUGACCUCCACCGAACAGUUGGCUUCUGCUGAGAGAGAAUCUGUCACAAGGCCACAGAUGUCCUUAGUUAUGGACCUGUCAACCUCAAAAGACACGUCCCCAAGAAAAAGGUGGUCUCCAAGCCAGGAGAGGGAGGCAUCUCCACUGAGAUGUGUGUCACCAAGACUCGAGCUGUCACCCAGCAGGCAUCUCUCCCCCAGAAGAGAGCUGUCCCCAAGAACGUUCUUUGGCAAAAAUGUACAGCUAUACGAGUCCAAGCUGGCACCUCAUGAAAUGCAUGUCCACACUCCCAGCCGAGGGGAGGAGAAUGUCUUCAGCCAUCUACCGUUACAUUCACAGCAGCUCACGAGGACUCCGUAUCCUAUGAUUCCCAUUGGGGGCAUCCAGAUGGUCCAGGCGAGGCCGAGCACCCAUCCCAGCUUGGUGCCCAGCUCAGUUGUGUCCCUGCAAGCAGGAUACUUUGCUUCUGGCAGCAGUGGCUUCGCGGAGUUCAGCCGGGCUCCCGAGAGGGACGAGGAACCACAGGUCCCGCGGGAGCCAUCAUCGGCAUCGGUCUCCCCGGUUGCAAAGGUUUCUAAAUACACGCUGUCCCCAGAGAUUAUGAGCAGUAGUUACUUAGAAGAGAAAAUGAGGACUAGUGAGCUUCAGCAAAAGACAGAGCAGGAGGAAUACAGGGUAAAAAUGUUUGCUGAGUCUAGCCACGUGGAGCAGGCAGGCUGCUCGGCAUCCCCAGCCAGCCCCAGCACAACUGACAAGCACUCUCCAAAGCCUUCGACAAGCGGGGAAGAACCCUUGAAAAAAACGGGCAAGAAGCAAUCUGGCAGCUCGAGCACUUCUUUUGAAUCAUCCUGCACUUUCAUCUCAGACCUCCCCUCCCAGCCGCUGGACCGAAGCAGCAGCACCGGCUGCCUCUCAGAGCCCUCAUCCAGCCAUUCGCACGCCCAGUCAUUCUCCAGCCGGAGGAGAAACCUCUCCGGAGAGCCGAGUCGCCAAGGGGGAACCUCCAGGAAGAGCAGUCCACACCUAGAGCAUGCAGAUUUAGGUCAAACUCAAAACAAGGUGGACGAAAACACGGGAAGUACUUAA